AUGCCUUUGACGCCUUCACACUCCCAAUCAGCUGGCUCGGACGAUUUCAGCAAUACCUCCCCGCCUCCGGCCUUUGGCCAGCAGCCGAGCCCUGUGCCGCAACACCAUCACCAGGAGCAGCAGCAGCAGCACGGCUCCGGCCGCCAGCCGCAUUCCCCGUCCACAAACGGCAGCGUCAACGGAAGCGGCAGCAGCACGCGAGGCGAUGGCGGAUCCGGAUCUGCGGCCAAGACGGAGGCCAAUCCCGACGAGAUUCGCGGCAGCGACGACGAUGAUAACAUGACCCCGGCCCAGUCGCGAAGAAAGGCCCAGAACCGAGCUGCUCAAAGAGCAUUCCGCGAACGCAAAGAAAAGCACGUCAAGGACCUCGAGUCCAAACUCGCAAGCCUUGAAGCCGCCCAGAAGGAAGCCGCCAACGAAAAUGAGCGCCUCCGACGAGAUUUGCAAAGAAUGUCCACCGAGAACGAGAUUCUCCGGGCCACCUCUGCCAUCAACCAGAACCAGAACGGCUCCCACUCCCCCGAGCCUCUAACAACGGGGCCCAUGACAUACACACCUACCGAUUUCUAUACUAAUGUGCUUGAGGGCCACAAGAACAAGUUCCCCUCGCACCGUAUAGUCACCUCUGACGAUGGCCACAGGUUGCUUGCCGCGGGUGCCGCCUGGGAUUUCCUCCUGGAGCACCCGCUGUACAAGCGAGGCCUGGUGGAUGUCAGCAAAGUGGCCGAGCACAUGAGGCGAAUGGCCAAAUGUGACGGGCAGGGGCCUGUCUUUUCUGAGGGCGACAUCAACUAUGCCAUUGAGCAGAGCGUCGCUAGCGGCUCCGACGAUCUCUUGUAA